AUGACCCUUUAUAGCAACAGUCUUCCAGUUAUCUCUCUCUCUCUCUCUCUCUCUCUCUCUCUCUCUCUCUCUCUCACAGUUAACAGUCUUCCUCUCUAUUAUUGUUGGCUUACAACUUUAACAAGCUCUGUGAUCUCUCUGACUUUCUCUCUCCCAAAAGCUUUCAACGCCAUAACCCCCAAAACUCUGAUCUCUCGGUAGUUGGGUUUGGUUCUCUGCUGCAAAACUAUCCAUCCACUUUCUUAAAGCAAUACAUUUUUUGCGUUCUGUGAUAAAAGAAAAUAGGAAAAAAAGAAUUGAUUUUUCUCUGUUUCCUCCGCUUCAUACAUAUAAUAUAAACAAACCCAUCUCCUCGUUUUCAACGUUCAUAUAUGCUUUAAUAUCAUUCAACUUACCGGUUUGCUUUGCCUACCUACUCAAAGUCCCUGCAAUUCGUUGACAAUCUCUCUUGGGGGGUCUAAAAAUGGCUUCAGUGAUCAACCCAGUUCACUCUCCAAUCCGUACUUGUCAGUUUUCUUCGCUAUACUUAUCAUCCAAUAAGAUUUCACCUUCGUUUGCUCUGCUCAAGGCUCGGUCACUUUCUUCCAAGGCUUCAAGCUUGACCUUUUCGCCGUUGCCGGAGACUAUAAAACCUUUUUCGCCGGUUGAAACUUCCGGCAAGGCCUUGAGAUUUUCCGGGUGGAGUCAAGAGCUGAGACGGCGAGGCUCUGUUGAACCUCCGGUUGCUAAGGCUGCAGCUGCCGAUGCAGAGGGUGCUGAGAUUGAGAGUGCUGCUGGGUAUGGAAAGCCUUCAAAGAGCUUUUCUGAGAAAUUUCCUUUCUUGAUCACUGGCUUCUUUUUCUUUAUGUGGUACCUAUUGAAUGUCAUCUUCAAUAUACUCAACAAGAAGGUCUACAAUUAUUUCCCAUAUCCAUACUUUGUUUCUGUUAUACAUCUCCUUGUUGGAGUGGUGUACUGUCUUGUUUCUUGGUCCAUUGGCCUACCGAAGCGGGCACCCAUUGACAAGGAGCAGUUGGCACUACUGACCCCAGUUGCAUUCUGUCACGCCCUUGGACAUGUCAUGUCCAAUGUUUCAUUUGCAGCUGUUGCUGUGUCUUUCACACACACCAUUAAAGCCCUGGAGCCGUUCUUCAAUGCAUCUGCUUCUCAGUUUGUUUUAGGCCAACACAUUCCCUUGUCCCUGUGGCUAUCGUUGGCCCCUGUUGUUAUUGGUGUGUCCAUGGCAUCAUUGACUGAACUUUCCUUCAACUGGCUUGGGUUUGGUAGUGCAAUGAUUUCAAACAUUGCAUUCACCUACAGAAGUAUCUAUUCGAAAAAAGCAAUGACAGGAAUGGACAGUACAAAUGUGUAUGCUUACAUUUCAAUAAUUGCUCUCUUGGUUUGCAUCCCGCCAGCACUACUUAUUGAGGGACCCCAACUGCUGCAAUAUGGAUUUAGGGAUGCUAUUGCCAAAGUAGGCCUUUACAAAUUCUUGUCUGAUUUAUUCUGGAUCGGAAUGUUUUAUCAUUUGUACAAUCAGCUUGCUACUAACACUUUAGAACGGGUUGCACCGCUAACGCAUGCUGUUGGAAAUGUGUUGAAGCGUGUCUUUGUGAUUGGUUUCUCCAUUGUUGUGUUUGGCAACAAGAUCUCUACACAGACUGGGAUUGGUACUGCAAUAGCAAUUGCUGGUGUUGCCAUCUACUCCCUAAUUAAAGCAAACAUAGAAGAGCAAAAACGGAAGGCUGCUGCAAUUUCCACCUCAUAGGUUUAUAGCAUUGGAUGAGGGUGCUAAGCACACAGUUGAUGCUCCUGUUUGAAUUUGGUGGAUCAACUUAAGAGGCUAGUUUGUGGUGGAUGCUUACGCGAAAUAAAAGCUCCGAGAAAUAAUGAGAAAACAUAAUAAUUUCGAGUCACAAGCAUCAGGAGAUUACGAAAUUGAAAAGCUCAUUGGAUUUUCAAAUGUAGUGUUGUAUUGUUACCAAACCGCAAGUGAUCUCCGAACAGACCUGAUCACUUUUGUAAUAGCAAAGCAAAGGCACUUUUUUGCUGGCGCUUAAAAUCCCUGAAUAGGUGUCUUACUUUUCUUCACAGAAUUUUCAAUGCCAUAGUAACCUCAGCGUUGCACAUCCUCUCA